GUCACCUUUGUCGUUGUACUGGUUAUAGAUCCAUCUAUGAUGGCUUCAAAACAUUUGCUAAGGACCUCUGUUGUCAGCGUGGCCCCUGCUCAGAUGAUUCCUCUUGUUGCAAGAACAAACCAGAAUCUAAACACGAUACAUCGUGUUGCCUGUUUGACUUGAGUUCAUUGAAGCCUUACGAUCCAUCACAAGAACUGAUAUUUCCCCCAGAACUUAUGCUUGACAAGUCGACAAAGCCAAGCAGUCUAGAUAUCAAGGGGACCUUUGUGAGAUGGUUGCGCCCUUCGUCGUUGAAAGAAGCUCUGGAUCUGAAGAAAUCUUAUCCAGCGGCGAUAGCUCUUGCCGGCAUGAUUGGAGCAGGCUUUGGAAAGAAUUCAAGUAAGGAGAACCCUACAACAGUCUUGUCACUCUCACACAUCCCUGAGUUAAACGCCGUCAAAGUCGAUGAGAAAGGAGUGACAUUUGGUGCUGCUGUUUCUAUGGCAACUUUGGAGUCCACUCUCCGUGAUGUAAUUCAAAGUUCUCAAGAGAACAAAACCAGAAGUUUGUCAGCGAUGCUCAAAAUGGUUGCACUAUAUGGAAGCGUACAGAUAAAACACGCAAUGUCAAUUAGUAGCAAUAUUCUGCCUGCUUCAUCGACAUCCGACCUCAAUACUGUUCUGAUAGCCGUAGGAGCUCAUUUAGUGGCAAUCUCCACAGAAGGACAAAAACGUACCAUUUUGUGUGACGAUAAAUUCUUAUUGUCUCCUGGUAAAACUUCUUUGGCUGAUAAUGAGAUUCUGUUCUCCGUGCAUAUUCCAUUCACUACUAAUCCCUCAGAGUAUAUAUCCUUCUAUCGCCAAUCACGUCGCCAUGCCAACGACACGGCCAUAGUCAACGCUGCUUUCAGAGUUCAUUUGGACAAGAAGGACAAUGGAUACAGUGUUGUGGAUAGUAUGAUAGUGUAUGGUGGUGUUGGUAGUACUACUGUAAUAGCAAGGAAAGCAAUGGAAUCAAUCAAGGGCAGGGCCUGGGAUGAAUCUAUCGUUUCUCACGCCUUGACUCAACUCCAAGAAGAACUUGUACUCGCAGUAGAUCUUGGACAAGUGGAAUACAGACAAUCCUUGAUCCAAGGCUUUUUCUUCAAGUUCUACUCGGAUGUGUCUAACGUGAUUACCAAUGACCAACCUAUGACGGAACAAGUAUCUAUUCCCUUCAAGAGUUCACAAACAUUUGAGCCAGCUGAAGACUCUCAGAAAGAAGAGGAUAUGAUUGGCCGCCCUUUGGCACACACGACGGCUAUUGAACGGGCAACCGGUGUAGCUCAGUUUGUCGAUGAUAUUCCCCAAAGAAGAGGUGAAUUAUACAUCGUCCGAUUGCUGUCGGAUCGUGCUCAUGCUAAAAUCCUAUCCAUUGAUGUGACGGAAGCACUAGACAUGCCUGGAGUAGAGGCAAUAAUACAAGCUAGUGAUGUACCAGGGACUAAUAAUAUUGGAGUCAUACCAGACGAGGAAAUCUUCGCCAAAGAAAAAGUUGUGUAUGCUGGUCAACCAAUCGCAGCAGUUGUAGCCGAAACAAAAGACGAAGCACAAAGAGCAGCUAAGAAAGUGAAGGUUGUCUAUGAAGACCUCCCUGCUAUUAUAACCAUUAAGGACGCUAUCGCUGCAAAUUCAUUCUUCGAGGAAAGUCACUCGAUAGUUAACGGUGAUGUGGAUAGUGGUUUUGAUGCAGCUGAUCACGUGUUAGAGGGUGAAAUGUACGUGGGAGGACAGGACCAUUACUACAUAGAAACCCACACAUCGCUGGCCAUCCCUGGAGAGAAUAAUGAGAUGGAGAUUUACUGCUCUUCCCAGUUUCCUAGUUAUAUACAGGGGACGGUAUCUCAGGUUCUCAAUAUCCCAAGUAAUCGUAUCGUAGUACGUACGAAGAACGUUGGAGGCGCAUUUGGAGGAAAGAUUUUCAGAGCAAGUCAAGUGGCAUGUGCUGUUGCUGUUGCAGCAUACAAGACGGGUAAACCUGUUCGAUGCGCACUAGAUCGAGAUGACGAUAUGCAAAACUGCGGACAUCGCGAGGAUUACCUUGUGAAGUACAAGGUCGGAUGCUCGAAAGAUGGUCAAAUUGUUGCAUUUAAAGCCGUUUAUUUCGGUAACUCGGGAGCAGCUCUCGAUCUUUCUAUCCUGAUUAUGGAGAAGUUAUUGUUAAAUUUAGACAACUGUUAUAAGAUUCCUAACAUAGAUGUUACUGGACGCUUAUGUAAAACAAACAUAGCACCCAACACAGCUAUGAGAGGAUUGGGAUCUUCUCAGGGCAUCCUUUUCACCGAGUCCUUGAUGUCUGAUAUCGCUAAAAAGUGUGGGAUACCAGAGCGAAAGGUUCGUGAGCAGAACAUGUACAAAGAGGGUAACUUGACUCACUUCAAUCAAUCCCUGAGAGAUUGUACUAUCCGCCGAGUGUGGUCCGAGAUGAUGUCGAAGAGUCACUACGAGAACAGAAGACUUGCAGUGGAUUCCUUUAACAAACAAAAUAAGUGGAAGAAACGAGGUAUAUUCGUUAUGCCAGGCAAGUACGGCAUAGGAUUUACCAUUCCAGAUUUCAUGCAGAGUGGUGCUCUUGUGUCCAUCUAUACAGAUGGUACCGUACGUAUCUCUCACGGAGGUGUGGAAAUUGGUCAAGGUUUACAUACCAAGAUGGUACAGGUCGCCGCUAACGCCCUUGGGAUUCCUGUGUCAAAAGUGUUUAACUGUGCAAUAAGUACAGACACAGUUCCCAACUCAUCUGUCACCGGGGGUUCAUAUUCGUCAGACAUCAAUGGCAUGGCUGUUAAGGACGCAUGUGACAAGCUGUCCAAAAGAAUUAAACCGUACAAGGUCACCAAUCCCGACGGUAAAUGGGAAGAUUGGGUCCAAGCUGCGUAUGCUGAUCACGUGAGCCUUUCAUCCACUGGAUAUUACCAAUCUCGACAUUUCACCUAUAGCUGGAAGACAAACUUGGGUCAAGCAUUCAAGUACUUUGUGUACGGAGCUUGUUGUUGUGAAGUCGAAGUGGACUGCCUGACUGGCGAUCACACUAUCCUGCGUGCUGAUAUAGUGGUGGAUAUUGGCAAGAGUCUAAAUCCAGCAAUCGAUAUUGGACAGAUUGAGGGCGGCUUUAUCCAGGGUGCUGGUAUGUAUACUAUAGAAGAGUUGCGUUUCUCUCCAGAUGGUCGUCUGCUCACUACUGGACCAAAAACAUACAAGAUACCUACCUCAGCUGAUAUACCUAAAGAGUUCAAUGUACACAUCCUGAAAGAAUCCCGCAAUGACCAGGCAAUACACGCGUCCAAGGGUUCAGGUGAAUUCAGUGUUUUAUUGGCACCUGUUGUUUUUCUCGCCAUCAAGAAUGCAGUUAACGCGGCCAGGUGUGAUAUCGGACUAGACGAGAUCUAUCGCUUUGACAGUCCAGCCACGUGUGAGCGCAUCAGGAUGGCUUGUGGAGACCAGCUGAAAAACAAGCUCGCUUCCAUUUGAUCUCUAUCUUUUCCGGCUUACCUCAUACAAGAUUUUGAAAGUAUCAAUGAGUAUAAACUUAUGAUAGUAUAGACCCCUUGCAUGUGACGUCAAAGCAGCUCGAUCUGAGGUACAAAACAAUAGAAUACCAUUAUCUUGAGAAUUGGAACCUAUUGUUUUGUCCCCCAGAUUGAGCUGCUUUGACGUCACAUGCAAGGGGUCUAUAGUCAGAUCAGAGUAGGUGAAGUCAAGAUCAAAGUAUUCGUCAUUUUAAAUACCUAAAAAAUACGAUCAACCAGUUCGCAAUAAUAGUAUAUUUCCCUAUCUUUUUUUAAUACUAAAUUUACCUGAAUGUAUAAUAAUCGUUGUUUAUUCUUAAAUCAUUAUACCGAGGUUCUAAAAAAACUCUUUUUAAAAAAAUCUUUUUUAUUUUUUAUUUUUUACGAAAUCUUUUGGAAUCCAAGCGAAGAAAAUAUCAAGAAGAGAUAACUAGCUAAAAACUAGUGUGAGCUGCGUCGUUGUUUCUAAUGAAACAGUAAUGAUAAAUGAAAAUAUCAGUAUUAAAUACAUAGUCUAACAGUGGCGGAUCCAGAGGAGGGGUGCAAGGGGUGCACGCCCCUCCCUUCGACUUUGUGCCCCUACUUUGAAGAUAACCAAUACAAAAUAAUGUUUUUCCCCUUUGACUCUAAGGGGUGCACCCCUCCCUGGGUUAACUUUGUAAGCAACACCCUCCCCUGAACAAAUUUCUGGAUCCGCCCCUGAGAUAAAAGACAUAAAAAAAACCCAUCUAUAUCAACUAGUAAAACGGCGAUUUGAGGAAUAAAACGAUCAUACCAUAGUUCA